AUGCAAUUCUUCUCGACCAUCUCCUUGGCCCUCGCCCUCAUGUCAGGGACAGCACAAUCACUUGCUGUGGAACCCUUCGGCAGUGCCAUCGAGUCACGUCAACAGUGGGGUCAGUGUAAGGCUGACGGUGACUGCGGCAGCGGUUUCCAGUGCUGCACUACUCGAUGCAUCUUUGGGUCCUGUCCGGGAUCUCGGGACGGGACAUGUGAUAGGAAUAGCGAAUGUGCUAACGGGGGUGUUUGCCGCAACGGAGCUUGCACUGGCAAUGGCAACAAAGGAGGUGGCGGCAAGGGAGGCGGAAAGGGCUGCCCAGGUAAUGGCCACGAUGAUGACGACUAA